AUGGAAGAGGAGGAGAAGUCAAUGACUUUCGAGGAGGGUGGGUAUGGGUAUAACUCUGAAGAGUUGAACACGCCUCCUUCAAGUGGUGCUGAAGAGGAUGAAAAGGUUGUCAAUCCAAAAUUUAAUGUGCAUGAGGAGUUUGGUCAUGUGCACUUAGAGGUAGGAAUGGAGUUUGCGAGUCUUCAAUUAUUUAAAAAUGCUGUCAAAGACUACAAUAUUGAUCUAGGAAGACAAUUCAAGUGGCUGAAGAAUGACAAAGUAAGGGCUCGAGCAAAGUGUAGUAAUGAUGAAUGUGAUUGGACGAUUUACUGUUCGUGGAACAACAAAAUGAAAGCUUUCCAAAUCAAGACUUUUAAUAACAUACACACUUGCUGCAGACUUUUUAGAAACAAGAGGGCAAGUAGGGAUUGGGUUGCGAAGAAGUUAGAAAAAAGGCUAAUGACACAGCCGAACAUGACAAGGGCUGAGGCCUACGACCACAUGAAAGAGGAGUACAAAGUUCAUGUUCAUUUGAAGAAAGUGACCAAAGCACUUCAGAAAGCCAAGGCCAAAAUAGAAGGGUGCGAAAAAGAACAGUACGCAAAAUUGAGAGACUACUUAGGUGAGCUAUUGAGAAGCAAUCCAGGGUCUACAUGUCAAAUGCAAGUGAUCCCACAACCUGAUCCGAACUCCUCUCCCAUAUUUUCUAAGUUGUACAUUUGUCUGGAUGCAUGCAAGAAAGGGUUCAAAGUUGGCUGCAGGCCCUUAAUUGGUUUGGAUGGAUGUUUCUUGAAAGGAUAUUAUGGAGGUCAAUUGUUAAGUGCAGUUGGUGAGGAUGCCAACAAAAGUUUCUAUGUCAUUGCAUAUGCAAUUGUUGAUAGUGAAACAAAAGAGAACUGGAAGUGGUUUUUAACCCUAUUACAGGAAGACAUUGGCCCUCACGCAGUGUUUGGAUGGAAUUUUAUUUCUGACCAACAGAAGUGCAUUUCUGAUGUUAAGUGCAUUCCUGAUAAUGUCAGGGACCAAUUAGUCCCUCGUGGGCUGAUUCCAGCACUGCAAGAGGUGAUGCCUGGUGCAUAUCAUCGUUUUUGUGUGCAGCACGUUUGGAAGAAUUUCAUAAAGCAAUGGAAAGACAAGGCAAUUCGAGCCAUGGUUUGGGAGUGUUCAAGAUGCACCACUGUCCCCCAGUUCCAGCAAUGCAUGACACGAUUGAAAGUAAAGAAUGAGGCUGCAUGGAAGUACUUGGAUGGCAUCCAGCCCUCAAGUUGGGUGAAAGCUUAUUUCAGCCACUGGUUUAAAUGUGAUAAUAUCACAAACAACAUGGCAGAGGUAUGGAAUGCCAAGAUCGUUGGAUAUAGGUCAAAACCGAUUAUCACUCUAUUGGAGGAACUGAGAUGCUACAUUAUGAGGAGGAUGGCUGCACAUCAGAGGGUGUUAGGAACUGUUCGGGGUAAAAUAGCUCCUGCUCAGCAAUUGAAACUGGAUCAGUUAAAGGUUCUUAGCAAUUCAUGGACACCCACUUGGACUGGAAAUCUGCAGCAAGAUAUGUAUGAGGUCAGUGGGAAAGGUGAUAGAGUUGGAGUCUAUUUAACAACACAUACAUGUGCAUGCAAUGUAUGGCAGUUGACUGGACUGCCUUGUGAGCAUGCUAUAGUAGCAAUUUGUCACAAAAACGAGCCAGCCGAGAACUAUGUCCAUCAAUGGCUUACAGUUGAUGCAUUGCAUGCCACAUAUGAGCACACCUUAAACCCAGUGAACUCGGACAAGUAUUGGCCUGCAUCUGAUGAACCCAAACCUCUUCCACCAAAACUGAAAAGGCCAAUUGGGCGACCCAAGAAACACAGGAAGAAGGACCCAACUGAAGACCAAGGAAGCAUGACAAAGAAAGUUAAAAGGACAUAUGAAGCCAAGUGUAGUAAGUGUGGUCAGACUGGACACUAUGGCAAGAGUUGUAAGGGGCCAGCAGCUUCCAAAACAGACAAGAGCCAAGCAAGACCACAAUCUGUGAGGAUUGGCACAGACUCAGUAAAUGAAAUCCCAUUAAGUCAAGGAGGCCCGUCAGAAAUUGGUAGUUCUCGGGCACAACAAAUCAACUUGAGAGGAUGCAGCCCACCUCCUUCAAAUCCAGAAGAAGCAAAUGCAGUGUUGACUGAAGAGACAAUUAAGGCAGCCAGCACUGGCACACGAAGCAGAUUUAUGCACUUCAUGACAACACCUGGUUUUAUGCCACCAAGGCGAUCCUCAAGAAAAUGA